AACUUGGGAGAUCGGGCAUGUCUUAGCUGUACAUCCCUGAGGCUGGCAAACAAAAUGACUGUACACUUUAAACAUUGCACUACUGUUGCUCCUGUUUACACAUACUCCAAAAGAGAUGGCUACUGUUGUUGGACUAAAGGAUCUGAACAAAUAUACUUUACACUUACGAGCUCUUCAGGCUCCUGGAAGCCAGCAGCAACCUUGGGUGUUUCACGUCCCCAGUAUCUUUCAGUUAGAUGGUGGCAUUCUUCACAUCCCCUUCAAGAUGACUCCAUAGUUGAAAAGUCAUUGAAGUCCUUAAAGGACAAAAACAAGAAGUUGGAAGAAGGAGGUCCGGUAUAUAGUCCAACAGAGGUGGAAGUUGUGAAAAAAACUAUGGGACAGAGGGUUGUGGAUGAACUGAAACACUAUUACCAUGGUUUUCGAUUACUGUGGAUUGACACAAAAAUAGCUGCAAGGAUGCUCUGGCGAGUACUUCAUGGAAACACUUUGUCUCGUCGAGAACGGAGACAGUUUCUUCGAAUAUGUGCCGAUCUCUUCCGCUUGGUCCCUUUCCUAGUUUUUCUUGUUGUCCCAUUUAUGGAAUUUUUGCUUCCAGUAGCUCUUAAGUUGUUCCCUAAUAUGCUUCCCUCUACAUUUGAGACAAAGUCUAAAAAGGAGGAAAGAUUGAAGAAAGAAUUGAGAGUAAAGCUUGAAUUGGCUAAGUUCCUUCAAGACACAAUUGAGGAGAUGGCCUUAAAAAAUAAAGCAGCCAAAGGAAAUGUUACAAAAGAUUUUUCAACAUUCUUUCAAAAGAUCAGAGAAACUGGCGAAAGACCCAGUAAUGAGGAGAUCUUAAGGUUCUCUAAACUGUUUGAAGAUGAGUUGACUCUGGACAAUCUAACCAGGCCUCAGUUGGUAGCACUUUGUAAAUUGUUGGAGCUUCAGUCAAUUGGCACAAAUAACUUUCUCCGCUUCCAGCUGACUAUGAGGUUGAGAAGCAUAAAGGCAGAUGACAAACUGAUUGCUGAAGAAGGAGUUGAUAGCCUGACGGUUAAAGAACUGCAGGCAGCUUGUCGUGCCCGAGGUAUGAGAGCUCUUGGUGUGACAGAGGAACGUCUUAAGGAACAGCUUAAACAGUGGUUGGAUCUGCAUCUCAACCAGGAAAUCCCUACGUCAUUGCUUAUUUUAUCCAGAGCCAUGUAUCUUCCAGAUACCCUUUCUCCAGCUGAUCAGCUCAAAACAACACUUCAGACACUACCAGAGAGUGUUGCCAAAGAGGCUCAAGUCAAAGUGGCAGAAGUUGAAGGUGAAAAAAUAGAUAACAAAGCUCGGCUGGAAGCAACACUUCAGGAAGAGGAAGCCAUCAGGAAAGAAAAUGAAGAAAAAGAGAUGGAAAGAAUAUCUGAAGCUGCAGAGAAAGCCAAAGAAACCCUUCAAGUUGCAGCCAUGAAAGAAGUGGAAUCAGCAGUAGAUCUUGAAGCAGCUCCUCUGCAAGUUAAAAAAAGUCAGGUGGCUAUGGAUACUGAAGAGGAAGUGGCAAGGGCAGAUACGGCGAUGCACUCGGAGAUGCUGAAAGAUACAGCACCAGUACUGGAAGGCAUUAAG